GACGCGCACCCUCACAUAGACAAAACUUUGUUGCCUUCCGCGACGACGAUGUCGCUCCCCACACCGGCUAUCCUCAACGUAAACGACGUGGCGGAGGCGCUUCGCUACGUUCUCGCCGUGCCUUUCCCCAAUGGCGCCGUGCCCAUCACUGUCAAAGCACUUCACGGCAGCACCAGCAACAACAUCUGCCGCGUUACAGUUCGACGGGCAGACUCUUCAACUCCGACGUCACCUUCCGUGAAAUCGAAUAAGAUGGACGACGCACCGCCGCAAGAAGCGGAGUACUUCCUCAAGUCCAGUCGUGGGGUAAAGCGAGGAGAAGUCGUACUCGAAGCUGGCGGGCUCGCACUACUGCGUCGUGCUGGACUUCCUGUACCACCCGUCGUGCUAGCGGGGGAGGUGGAGGGGACGGCCUUUCUGGUGGAACCCUUUAUCAAAACAGGUAGGGGUGAAGUACCCAGUCGUCACUGCUCUCGCGAUGAGGCCGCUGCGGGCCGUGCCUUGGCACAUCUGCAUCGCUCUCGCAGCCCAGACGGCCGCUUUGGGUGUCGACGUGUUGCAGUGUCUCUAAACACGGGUGAUGUGGAGGCACCUCCUGCCCUCUCCGCAGCGUUGCGUGAAGCGGCAGCCGCGACAACAUCUUCCAGUGUUGAUGAAUGCAUGGUGGCGGCCGCGACGGCCUACACGAGCACAUUUGUGUGGAGUGAGAGCUGGCCAGAACUGUACCUCAACUCGCUUCUUCAGCCGCAGGUGACGCGGGCGCAGCAGCGUGGGCUGUGGCCCGCGUCUCGACAGAGCAUGCUGGACGUGUUUGCCGAGCGCUUUCGCACGCACUUUGCGACCCGUGCCGCCUUGGCGGAGGAGGCGGAGGUGCGCGACCUCUCUGCCCUCGCUCGACCACUCGAAGAUGACGAGGGCAACGCGGCGUCGAAAGAUGACUGCGAGACAGCCCAUAAGAAGACCAAGGACGCAGGAGCAUCAACGACGACGACGACGACCUCACCGCCAUCCGUGCCCGACUGCAGCCUCCUUCACGGCGACAUCUGGGGCGGCAACUUAAUGUUCGACGCCUCGGGCAGCCCACUGUUUAUCGACCCGCAGCCCUUUCUACGGCGAUCGCGAGGUGGACAUCGCCAUGACGCAGCUCUUCGGCGGCUUCGGCCCCGCCUUCUACGCCGCCUAUGA